AUGGCUGCUGAAACGCUAGUGCAUCAAAACGGCGUCGUUUCUAACGGAGAUCUUGGCUCCAAAACCGCCACCGUAAAAAAAUCUCGGGAGAGCGACCGUCGUCGCCGUCGCCGGAAACAAAAGAAAAUCAACAAAGCCUCUAAGGAGCAAAACGCAAACGCCUCCGAAGACGAUACUGAUGCAAAAGAGAAUACUGAACAACAACAACAACAGGUUGUUGAGCAAGUUGAAAUUGAGUAUGUACCGGAAAAAGCAGAGCUAUACGAAGGCUUGGAUGAAGAAUUUAAGAAAAUCUUUGAGAAAUUUAGUUUCAGCGAGGUUAUUGAUUCAGAGGAUAAUGAUAAGAAGGAUGAGUCGGCAGAAAAUGCAAUUACAAAGAAAAAGGCAGACUCUGAUUCUGAAGAGGAAGAAGAUGAUAACGAGCAAAAAGAGAAAGGAGUCUCAAACAAGAAGAAAAAGCUUCAACGUAGGAUGAAGAUUGCUGAGCUGAAACAGAUUAGCGCAAGGCCUGAUGUUGUCGAGGUGUGGGAUGCUACUUCAGCAGAUCCAAAGUUGUUGGUAUUCUUGAAAUCUUACCGAAAUACUGUACCUGUACCCAGGCACUGGUGUCAAAAGAGAAAAUUUCUGCAGGGGAAAAGAGGUAUAGAGAAACAACCUUUUCAGCUUCCCGAUUUUAUUGCUGCCACAGGAAUUGAGAAAAUCAGACAGGCUUAUAUUGAGAAAGAGGACAGCAAAAAGUUGAAACAAAAGCAACGGGAACGCAUGCAACCGAAAAUGGGGAAGAUGGAUAUUGAUUAUCAGGUUCUUCAUGAUGCAUUCUUUAAAUACCAGACAAAGCCAAAGCUGUCAUCUCUUGGGGACUUGUAUCAUGAAGGAAAAGAAUUUGAGGUAAAGUUGAGGGAGAUGAAACCUGGCAUGUUAUCACAUGAGUUGAAAGAAGCUCUUGGUAUGCCUGAGGGUUCUCCUCCUCCGUGGCUUAUUAACAUGCAGAGAUACGGUCCUCCACCAUCAUACCCUUCUCUAAAGAUCCCCGGCUUGAAUGCUCCCAUUCCCCCAGGAGCUAGUUUUGGUUAUCAUCCUGGUGGCUGGGGCAAGCCUCCCGUUGAUGAGUUCGGGCGUCCACUUUAUGGAGAUGUUUUUGGUGUCCAUCAGCAAGAUCAGCCUAAUUAUGAGGAAGAGCCGGUAGAUAAAACAAAACACUGGGGUGACUUGGAAGAGGAGGAAGAGGAGGAGGAAGAAGAGGAAGAAGAGGAGGAAGAGGAAGAAGACAUCGAGGAGGAGGCACUUGAAGAUGGUAGUCAAUCUGUUGAUAGUAUGUCAAGCACACCGACUGGGGUGGAGACACCUGAUGUUAUUGACCUUCGUAAGCAGCAGAGGAAGGAACCUGAAAGGCCUCUUUAUCAAGUCCUUGAAGAGAAAGAGGAAAAACUUGCUCCUGGAACUUUGCUCGGAACUACACACACUUAUGUGGUUGGCACGGGCACCCAAGACAAGUCAGGGGCAAAAAGGGUUGAUUUGCUUAAAGGUCAAAAGACAGAUAGAGUGGAUGUCACUUUACUGCCAGAGGAGUUGGAUAUCAUGGAGAACGUUUUACCUGGCAGGUAUGAAGAAGCAAGGGAGGAAGAGAAAUUACGGAGUCAGCGUGAGGAUUUCAGUGACAUGGUUGCUGAGAAUGAGAAGAAGAGGAAGAGGAAGCAAGAAAAAGAUGGCAAGUCCAAGAAGAAAGACUUCAAGUUUUAAGGUUGUUCGGUUCCUCCUUAUCUUGCAGGUAAAUGGAAGACGUGGAAAGUUGUCUAUUCAUCAAAUUGUCAUUUUCCAUGAGGAGCCGAGGAUCGGCUUUUAGUGCUGUUUUAUUACAUCUGUAUAAUGUUACUGUCUGUAUGUUGUUUUUAUUGUUUUGGUUAUGAAUAUUCUACUCAUGUAAUGAUGCGAUGGAAACGUGUCAGAUGCUUUAGCUGGAAACUCAAUACAAAGAUAUCCUUAAUGAGACAUACUUAGAUGAUUUUACAUCUCA